CUCCGGGUCCUCUGUUUUGUAUGCGUGGUGUUUCUCUUCGGAGAACGGACGCCCAGCCGGAAGACAAUGGCGGCUGCCGCUCUGAAGAGAUUUUGGUCCCGAAGCCGUAGAGAGGCGCGUGACGCUGCAGCCGCAAAGCCCGGCGUGUGGGCGCGGUUGGGCGCUUGGGCCCGCUCGCUGCUCCAAGAUUACGCCGAGGCCUGCAAGGACGCGGCGGCGGCGGCGCGGGCCCGGCCCGGGAAGGCGGCCGUGUACUUGGGGCUGCUGGGUGGCGCGGCGGCCUGUUGCUCCCUGGCACCCAGCGAGGCAGCCUUCGAGGAGGCGCUGCUCGACGCGUCGGGGACCCUCCUGCUGCUGGCGCCCGCCACUCGCAACCGCGACUCGGAGGCGUUCGUGCAGCGACUGCUCUGGCUGCGUGGUCGCGGCUGUCUGCGCCACGUGAGCCUGGGCCUCUUCUCGCUGGUGUACGAGGCGCCCUUCGAUGCCCAAGCCAGCCUCUACCAGGCUCGCUGUCGGUACCUGCAGCCCCGCUGGACCGACUUCCCGGACCGGAUUCUGGAUGUGGGCUUCGUGGGCCGCUGGUGGGUGCUGGGGGCCCGGAUGCGCGACUGCGACAUCAACGACGACGAGUUUCUGCACCUGCCGGCUCACCUGCGCGUCGUCGGGCCCCACCAGCUGCACUCGGAGGCCAAUGAGCGGCUCUUCGACGAGAAAUACAAGCCUGUGGUGCUCACCGACGACCAGGUGGACCAGGCGCUGUGGGAGGACCAGGUUUUGCAGAAGGAGAAGAAGGACCAGCUCUCCCUGAGCCAGGCUGACUCUCUGCUGCCGUCGGAGGCCGCGAGAUGAAACUCAGACCCCCCGGGUCCCGACCGGGCUCCCGGCCCCCGCAGAAUGCUGGCCCGGGAAUGUGCAGUUGGUGCGGGUGAGCCUCAAACGCAGAGUGGUGGAAGUAAAUUAUUUGCAACGUUCUCUCCCUGGGUUUUCACAAAAUCGGGGGCCUCCCUCUCACUUGUUCGCUGUGAGCAGACGGCUUAUUGAGAGCCUCCCUGGUCUAAGAGUUGGGGAGAGCAGAGAAACGUGCCAUGUCAUCUUUAUCACUGCCAGAGUUGGUAAGAAACUUUAGACGGAAAUAAGCCUUUUUCACUGGGCUUUACGGUUCUCCUGACUAGGGUAACUUGCAGAUUUUCGUUUUAAAAUUUGACCUAAAAGGUUUAUUCUCUAUUUCCAUGAGGGACAUGUAUUUUUUAAUUCGGUUUGAAAUAAUUGUAGUCUCAGAGGAAAUUGGAACAAUAAUCGAGACAUUCUGUGUAAAGGUUCACCCGGCUUUGCACAAUUGAUAACAUUUCACACUGUCCUUAUUGUUCCGUUGCUAACUCGAGUGGGACUCUUUUGCGACUCCGUGGAUUGGAGCCCACAAGCCUCCUCUGUCUGUGGGAUUUCUCAGGCAAGAAUACUGGAGUGGGUUGCCAUUUCCUUUCAGUAACCUUGAAAAUUCAGAAUCAUUUGGAAAGGAGUAUGUCGCUAAGAGUUGGACAGGACUGAGGGACUUCACUUUCACUUUUCACUUUCAUGCAAUGGAGAAGGAAAUAGCAACCCACUCCAGUAUCUUGCCUGGAGAAUCCCAGGGAUGGAGGAGCCUGUUGGGUGCCAUCUAUGGGGGUUGCACCGAGUCGGACACGACUGAUGCGACUUAGCAGCAGCAGCAGCAUGUUAAUGUCUAUAGCUGGGGUAAAAUCGUACUUUUAAAACUACUGUUACAAGAGUGAGACAGCCUCCGUCACUGCUGGGGCCUAUGACUAGUUAAUAAAUCAGGAGAUGAAACCAC